AGUUUCUGUAAUAUCGGCAUGAAUUUGAGUUUCUGCGAGACCUUUUUAUGUCCACUAACGAUCCUUGUAAGAAAUAUGCAUGCAAAUUGCAAAAGUGUUUGCAAGAUAAUGUGUAUCAGCCAGCGAAAUGCGAAAGCGUUAUCGAGGAAUUAAGAAAGUGUUGUAUAAAAAGUAAUCCUGAUUCGUCUGUUUGCUCGGGGAUCGACACAUCGAAACCUUACGACCAUAAUACCGUUGAUUACAAAGAAGCAUUGAACUAAGAUGUAUAGUAAAAGAAAACAUCCGGUAUUAAAGGAUAUGCCUUUUAUAUAUCGUCAUUCAA